AACCUUCGUUACUUACCAUCAACAAAUACCAAAUGCAACUUAAUAUCAAAUAGGAGUGUGGAGGUCGGACAUGUUAGAAAACUAAAUUUGAUUGAUGGUGAUGAACAUAAGAUGACAACAGUCGCUAUACACCCUCCCAUAUUUGAAAUUCCCAAUUUUUUGUCAAACGAAGAGUGUGAUCAUAUAAUUGAGUUGGCAAAGAAGGAAGGCCUACAGACAUCACAAACACUCAAGGAAGGAGUCAAGCAGGACAUGAUGGCGCUGGGAAAAAAUACCAAAAAACAUUUUGACUUUUGGGAUCCAAACAAAGAUGGGCAAAUCGACACAGACGAGAUGAUUAAAGGUCUGGAAACUAAUUUGGACUUCACCCCAGAUAAGGAGACUCUGCUCACGAUGUACGAAUCUUUGGGAUUGGACAAAGAUCAUGACGGAAAGAUAGACUUCGUAGAAUUCAAGCAGAGAGACAUUCCUGAGAUGGCCAAGUAUAUAGGAAAAGUGAAGGAUGAAAAGCCUCAUACAAAGAGUCGACACAGCCGUCAAGCCUGGAUUCAGAAUUAUUCGAGAAAUUCUGAUAAAAUCAUGGCUUCUUUACAAGACAGAGUACAACGGCUUACAAAUCUUCCCUUGGAACUGAUUCUAGCCAGCGAGUAUAUGCAAGUGGUAUCUUAUGGUCCAAUGGGUCACUAUAAUUGUCACCUGGAUUCAGACUUGAUCAGGCCCAAUAAACCAUGUUGUCAUUAUGUGGGAAGUGAGCUUGGUCAUUGUAGAGUUUGCAGAUAUGCAACGAUACUGUAUUUCUUGGACAACGUCGAGGAUGGAGGAGAGACUGCAUUCCCUGUUGCUGACAACAUAACGUUCGACAAAGAGGAAUGGAUGCGCGACGCGAGCAACGUGUGUAAUUUAGCCAAGAACUGCCAAAAGGCGAAUGUUGUAGUUAAGCCAGAGAAAGGGAAAGCUGUGCUAUGGUACAAUCAUCAUGUUGACAACUCCACUGGUUGGCUUGGUCAACUUGAUCGAUACACUUUUCACGGCGGAUGCGACGUAAAGCGCGGCACGAAAUGGAUUGCAAACAGCUGGAUUAGCGUUGGAGAGGACAGAAAGAAAGAUAUCUUGAACUGGAUCGAACUUGCUGAAUAUGAAGAGGAGAAAUCUGACGUUAAACCUUCAACAGAUUCGGGGACAGAUUCAAUCCACGAAGAAUUGUGACUAUGUUGUUAGAGUGGGACUGAACCGAGGACUACUCGCCUUUGCAGGGCCACCAAUCAGUUGAACUCUACUGAAUAAAAUCAAACCGCAAGGUCUUAAUUUAUACAAAGCUUCAAAGCAAAGAUCUCCUCGACAGAUGAGGUUGUAAAUCGCACAUAAAUUAUUUGUUUUGCUAAAUUAGUGUAGAACAAGUUUCGAUGGUUAACAAAA